UAUCGGCCAAAACGUUUUCAGUCGGUAGUCAACAUUGUUCCUGUGAGGUGUGUAGAAGUCGAUAAUGCCGUCCCGACAGAUCUCAAUCCAAAGCCAAAAAGCGGGCAAAGCGGUGAAAGAGUUUUGCGACACAACUUCCAUCCAUGGACUGAAAUACAUCACAGAAGAAAAAAGCCAUUGGCUGAAACGAGUCAUGUGGAUACUGGUAUUCUUGGCUGGUAUUUUCUUCUCCGGCUACUUUUGCUGGCAAAUGUGGAAUAAAUGGGUAGAUUCUCCUGUUCUCAUGUCGCUUGAUUCCAACCGCUAUCCUCUCAAGAAUAUUCCCUUUCCAGCGGUUACUAUAUGCAGUGUCAAUAAAGUUUCCAAGACGAAGUUGCUUCGAGUCAUGGAAGACCCAAGGUACAAGAACAUUUCUUACGAUGUAAUGCAGCAGACCUUGAGGUACAUGACAAAACUAGACAGAGCCAUCAAAAAAGAAAAAGAAUUAAAAGAUUUGAAUGGAUAUUACAAGUCGUUAAACAUUUCAUCAACGGAUUUAUUUGACGUUCUUAAAAAGUCCGCACCGUCGUGCAGAGACAUGGUUAUGGACUGCAUUUGGCUUGGUGUUCCAUCACCUUGCAUCGAAUACUUUUCUUUUCUCCCAACAGAUGAUGGAAUUUGCUGCACUUUCAACGGGGCGAAAUACGAAGACGCAGAGCUCGGCAUCAAAUCAAAUGAAAACAAAAAGCUGCAUGUAGGUGGGAACGGAUACCGGAUGGGGCUCGCCUUGGUGUUGGAUGCCGACAUCGAAGACUACAGUGUUACCAACGGGAAAUUCGACGGUUUCAAAGUAUUGGUUCACACUUCAGAAGAAUUCCCGGAUGUAGCGGAUCGAGGCUUCGUUCUUGGACCUGGUUCCGAAACAUUCGUCGGCGUAAAAGGAAUUACAACAUUCAAUACGGAAGAAGUAGCAAAAGACGUAACACCAUAUCAACGACAGUGCCAAGUAGAAGGCGAGAAAAAGUUAAAGUAUUUCCCACAAUACAGUCGGUCAGCGUGUACUAUCGAAUGUGCCACACAGCUUAUGCAAGAGCGAUGCAAAUGUAGGCCGUAUUUUUUUAGAGCUGACAAAGGAACCAAACUGUGUGAACUGGCUUCAUAUUCUUGCAUUUCUGAUGCCUACGAGGAUGUACGAGAAAGGGAAGAUGAGUUCUGCAAUUGCCUGCCCCCUUGCUCGGACGUAUGGUACGAUCCUGAAAUUUCGUACGCCACAUUCCCUGGACGUGGAUUCAAUUUAACCCGUACCUUCAAACGGCUAGUGGCUGGACGCAAUCUCAGCUCAACGACAGAUGGCACCGAAUAUUUCAAAUCGAAUGUUGCGGUGCUUCACGUCUACUAUAAAGAUAAGACUGGCGUACGAUACAAGACUGACAUUCGAUUCGGGGUCGAAGAUUUCAUUUCCGCCAUGGGUGGUCUUUUGGGAUUGGGCUUGGGCCUCAGCUUCAUCAGUGUUUUUGAGCUGUUUUAUUUCCUCUGCCUGCGAUGGGUUUUCCCUUCAUCCAAAAGAUUAUUCCGGAGGAGAUCCGAAGAAGUUGAUUGCCAAACCCUGCCACCAAGCAACAAGAACAACAUAUGGUCUUCAACAACGACCAUCGGGACGACCGUGUCAGUCUCAUAAAUGAAACGACUUGUACUCGUUCGGGUCAUGCCAUCUUCUGUGACCGUUCCUUUAUUCUUAUCAACGACAUCCCCUUUGCUUUGGAGACUAUUAAAUAUGCUUGGAAAAAUAUACAAAUAAGCGGGUAUCCUUGUAACAUUUGAUAGC